GUGAAUGAAUAAGUGAAAUAUUUUAAAUACUUUAAUCAUAUAACAAUAACAAUAAUAAUAACAAGUAUAGAAUAUUAAGAACAGGCGACGAAUUGAUUAAGAAUAUUGAGAGUAUUCCCCGCGAGUGAAUUUAAAGUGUAUGUGACAUAGUGAGUCAGACGAAAAAAAUAAUUUUCAUAAAAUUGAGAACUAAUUAAAUUUUUGAGAAAACGAACAAUUUUUUUCGUGAGAGAAAAGUUCUUGACUUAUAAAAUCAACAGUUUUUAAAUUGAUAUCAGCAACUUUUAAAGGAAACGAAGAAAAUCCGGAUGUCUAAAGCAAAAUGACUUUAAGUGAUUAGAAGUGAUCCAAAAGGUGUGAAAAAUUCAGUGAACAUAAGAAUUAAAGUAUAUUAAAAGAUAGAUAUUACUUAACUAUAGUUAUUAAAAGUAUAUCACGUGCCAUAUUCUAGUGUAUUCAUAUUUUAAACUGUGCCAAAAUUUGAGAAACAUUAUUGCCAUAAAUUAUAUUAAACAGUGAACUUUACAACAACCGAAACACUAGGCGAACCUAAACUCAAGUAUAAAUUUCUUCAUCUCUCGUAAAUGAUGAAAUAAUUAGUCGUACAAUAGUAGUUUUGUACAAGUAAAAGAAAUUUCAAAUCAAGUAGAUCAGCAAAAGUCACCAACGACAGUUGCUAAUAGCUAAUAACCAGUGAGCAUUUUUUUCUUCAAAAAAGGCAGCAACUGAGAGUUAAAAAAACACGCAAGAUUUUUGGAUGCAAUUCUGAUUGAAAAACUAGCUAAUAUCAAUGCAACUUAAUACAUUUUUCAACUAAAUUUUUCAACUUAAAUCAUACUCAUCGUUACAGGCAUUUAAAAUAAUGUCAUCAAAGAGAAAAUCACCACCUACCAAGCUGGACGGAACAAAUGGUGUCUCGGACCUAUCAGUUCAUAAUGACAGCAGCUUAUCGCAUACACAUCCGAACAUCAAAUCAGAAUCAAAUUCAGAAAUUUACGAACAAAGUCGAUUAAGUCCCUUAAAUGAGUCACAAAUGAAUGUUGAAGUAUUGAAAGUCAAACGACGAAGUGAAGCAGACAAUUUUCAUCACAAUUCACAUUCGUUACAAAAUAUUUUAUCGAAACGUAGAAAAAGUGAAAAUUUUACCAAUGACAAUGUGCCAUCGUUGAGUUUAUCACCAAACCAGCAAGAUUUAUUAAAAAGUUGUAAUAAUAACAAUAAUAAUAGUAAUAAUAAUAAUGUAAGUCCUCAUCAUCAUCACAUGAAUGAAAGUGCAAAUUUUGUGAAUAGAAUAAAGCGCGAGCAGAAUGGAAGUGAUGGAGAAUUUGAUGAGAGAAGUUAUAAUAAUAACAAUAAUAAUAAUAAUAGUGAAAUUGAUAUGAAAAAAGAUUUAAUGGUGCCAUCAAAGAAAACAAUGAAUGAUGUGUUAAAAUUGCUGACGAAUAAAAUGAGAGGAAGUUCAUUAAAAGAUAGUAGAAAGUCAUCUGUCGAUGGUGAAGGUGAAGGAAAGAGCGAAUCACCAUUUGAUCCCGUUAAAUUACUCAAUCAAGUUGAAAUACCUGAUAAUUUACAAGAACGAGAGAAAUAUUAUUUAUACAGUGAGAUGAUUCUUCAAUUACAAAUGGCUCGUGAUCAUCUAUUGAGGCAGCAGUCAGAAAAACCGAUGAACACUUUUGACAACAAUAAACUUCAUCACGAUCUUCUACUAGCACAGAAAUCUCUUCCGUUUCCAAUCCCUGAAAAUCUUGACGAACUUGCAUUACAAAAAGAAUCAUUUUUGCAAGAAUUACAGAAUCAAAUGGCAAAUAAAUCUCCAUCGAAACGUUCAUCACCUCAAGCUGGAAGUCCAGUUUUAGGAACUCCAAUCGCACCGUCACCUCUGAUUCCUUUCUUACCCUACCUCCAAACUCCCUAUGUUCCCAUUCCGCAUGAUGCUUCAUCAGCUCCAUGGAAUCUAUCACAAAAUCUCAUGAAAACCGACAACGAACAUGAAAAACAUAAGAAUGAUGUACAUCAUGAUACACCAUUAAAUCUUACGAAGAAAACUAAAUCAAAUGAUGAUCAAUCUUUUAUUCGAAUGCAAAAUGAUGGAAACAAUAACACAAAUAAAAAUCAAAAUCAUGAUCAUCAUGCAUCAAGUUCUAAAGCUCCUCAUCAAAAUCAACCUCGUCUCCCAUACAAUCUAUCAAGCGAUGAUCCUGAUUUUUUUGCAGCAUGUAGGCUAUGGCCGGUCAUGGCUGCAGCAGCUGCUCAACAUAACUCAGGUACAAAUAAUCAAAAUUUGGGAAUGAUGGGUGCAACUGGUAGUCAAAGAGAUGCCAUGAUGAUGAAUGAGGCAAACUUUAUUGGUCUUAAUGAUGUUUCAAAACAAAAACGAGAUGUUUCUAAUAUUGGACUUACUGGAGAUGAAAAAGUUCGGAUGGUAAGGCAGCAAGGAAGAAGUAGAAACAGCGCAGAUAGAGAUCUCAUUGGAAAGUCACAAGACUCAAUGGUGGGUGAACGAACGGGUAGUGAAUCACGAGGAAAAGCUCAUAUUAAGAGGCCAAUGAAUGCAUUCAUGGUAUGGGCUAAAGAUGAAAGAAGGAAAAUUCUUAAAGCAUGUCCCGAUAUGCACAAUUCAAAUAUUUCAAAAAUUCUUGGAGCUCGAUGGAAAGCUAUGACAAAUGCUCAGAAACAGCCAUACUAUGAAGAACAAUCACGUCUGUCGAAGCUUCAUAUGGAGAUGCACCCAGAUUAUCGAUACCGACCGCGUCCAAAGCGCACCUGUAUAGUUGACGGUAAACGAUCAAAUCAAUUCAAACAACCGUACACAAUUGCAUCUCAAGAAUCUUCACUUUCAGGAAAGAAAAUGCGCAUCAGUGAGUACAAAUCAUUAAUGCGUAGUCGUCGCAACGAGAUGCGGCAACUCUGGUGUCGUGAUGGCAGUGAGAUGAACCCGAAUUAUCUUGAUAAUAUGCAAUCACCUGAACCGCCCGGAUCAUCAGGCUCAGCACCGCUAUCACCUUCGAUGAGUGGUCGUUUGAGUUUCGAUGGAAAUAUAAUGCCGAUGGGAAAUAAAGGUUACUAUUAUCCUAACGAGAGCCCAUCACCAUCAGCCAUUUCGCAAGGUAAUUCGAGUACAAAUUAUGAUUCAAAAGAUGAUGAUUGAAGACAGUGAAUGAAAAGAUUUAUCAAUCGAUAUUGUUGAAAUGUGAGAAAUUAUAUUGACAUCAAGGCAAUUAAGGACAGUCGAUGUCAUUCUAUGAUCUCCUGUGUCAUAUUAAAAAUGUAGAUGUUAUAAAAAUGAACAAUACUCGAGUAGUUAAAUUUAGCAAGUGAGUCAUUUUAUGUAAAUCGAUUAAGUAUCAUCACAUGGUUUAAGAUACUUCAAAAUACAUAAUGGAGGAUUUAAAUAUAUUGAAAUGUUUUUAAUAACUUCGAAUGAUCUUUUAUGACGACGACAGAAUCUAAUUAAUAUUGAGUUAUUUUUUAAGACUUUAUUUUCAAUUGAGAGAUCCAAACAAAAAUUCUUGAACAACAUAUUUAAAAUGGAAGAAUUAAAAAAGUUAUCCUUAACAAUUAUUUUCGAAGCAAUAAUUAACGAUAAAAGAAAUUUAACUCUACAAGAAAUAAAAUAAUUGCCAUAGAGGGAAAAAGAGAUUUGAUAACUUCAAUGAUAUUAAAUUAAUUUUGCAGGAAAAAUAAAAUUUGAAGGAUGCAAUUGAAAUUUUCUUAAUAAUUUUUAAUACAUAUAUAAUCAAUGAUUUUCGGGAGGCUUUUUGUGAUAAUAAAGUUUAAUCAAAACUUUUUCGUGUUUUUUUUUUAAUGUUCAAUGAUUCAUUUAUAUUUUAAAUUUUUAAACUUUAAUUAGAUUAUUUGAUUCUCCCAAGCCAUUUUAAUAAUAUUACCAAGUCAUCCCAGAGUUAGAUAUUUAAAAGAAAAUUUCGGUAUUAAAAAAACUUCUUGGAACUUCAGCUUUUGUAAAAUUUGUCAUAAAAAUUGUAAAAUUUUUAGAAAAAAAAUCAUCUACAUGUUUUUCACUUUUAUCACCAUCAAUUUUAGUUUUAAUUUGUUUUAGAUAGUCAUGAAUGUUUUGAAUAAUAUAUAAUUAACAAAAAAAAUAAGUGUCAUACAAGUUAAUGGAAAUUAAAAUUUAGUAUAAAGAACUUAGUGAGAGUAUAAAAAGAAACGAGAGAAAAACGUACAUAAGUAAAAAUUGUAGUUUAAAGGAUCGUUGAAUAAUUCGCACUUAUGUAAGAUUUUUUUCUUAAAUUAACCUUUUAAACAGAGUUGAUUAGAAAAAAAUCUUACACAACAAUGAUUUGAAUCAUUUAUUCAGUGACAUUUCUACAUAAUCGUAAUGCAAUAAUAAA